AUUCAACUACUCCAACUUGCUUUCAUGGAAGAGUUCGAGGAGGCGGAGGUCUUAUGGCCCGACGAUUCCGGCGGCGGAGGCAAGACGGUGGCGAUAGCUCCGGCGAUCCUCGGAGUCAAGACUCCAUCUCGGUCGCGUGGUGCUCGCUCUUGGACCGCCGGAUUAGCCUCCGGCCAGCUUCAUGCUGAUGAAUAUAUAUACGCCGCCGACGACGAUGAUGACGGCGGCAGCCGUGUCAUUCCGCCGCAUGUCAUUGUGGCGCGAAGGGCCGUCGGCGAUAAGAUGGCCUUCUCGGUGUGCGUGGGGAACGGGAGGACGCUUAAGGGGCGCGAUCUGAGUCGAGUUAGGAACUCCAUUCUCAAGAUGACCGGAUUUCUCGAGAUAGGAUCAGAAGAGCUAGCCAUUUUCUAGUCAUUUGUUAAUUUUUAAUGGAAGGAGAAUAGUAAUUAACUAGUAAUUAAAUGUAAAUAAUCAACUUUCCAUUUAUAUUGUAUUUAUUAACGGCCCUAUUCACGUGGAUCAUUUGACUUAGUAUAUUAUUAUUAUUAUA